AUGAUGAAGCACGGCUUCAACACCCACAGGGGACGGGCUCACUGGGAGCAUGUUUCAACGAUGUGGAAGCUUGACAACAGUAUCAUCACCUUGAAAGUGGCACCAAAGCUGACUCGAUCGCAUAUCUUCCCAAAUGGAUUUGAGAAAAUGCGAGUGGACUUGGUAUUUCAUGUUUUCAGUCCCCAAGUGACUCGAUGUUUGGAUUUCUACAAAGGUCAAAUCGAGGCUCGAUACGCAAAAGUUGGGCCAACAAGACUCGUUAUUGGUCUCAUGGUGGAAUUGAUCCAGGUUAUGACGUCCAGGUUCCCAGCAGAAGCUUUACGACUUCAUAGCCGAAAGGAAGCUGUGCUAGACCAGCCACUCAAGUUCCUUGAUUUGUGGGAAGCUCAUGCAAAAGGGCUUGGCUGUCUAAGCAAAAGUACCGCGGUGGGAUUGCGUGUGACCUUGCAAAGUACGAAGCACCUCCUGAAGUACCUGGCUGAGGAAGUUCAUUUCAAAUACUUGAUGACUUCUCGCCUAAGCCAAGACUGCCUUGAGCGCUUUUUUGGAAUUGUGCGGCAGGCAGGCGGUGGCAAUGAUCACCCAACCCCUGAAUAG